AUGACCAGCAAUAUCGAAUAUAAACCAGGCUUUUUACCUUUAUUUAAGUUGCCACGAACUUUUUAUGACCCACAAGCGAAGCAUACACAUUGGUGGUCACCAUUUCACCAUCCAUCUCGAACAAAUCGAGUAUAUAUCGCCAUUAUUGUUGAUUGGAUAUUAAUAUUAUUGUUGUUCGGUUUGACUCAAUGGUUUUUCGUUGGACCACAACCGCCAAAAGCCUAUUUCUCAUUAGAUGAUGAGAGUCUAAAACAUCCGAUAGUCGACGAGGUUAUUUCCGCGAAUAAUGCCACUAUUAUUAAUGCGGUUGGACCGUAUAUUUUACUGUUGGUCUUGGAGGUGUUAUUCUUUUGGGAUCGAUGGGAUGUGUAUCACUUGACUACGGGACAUGCUCAGGCCAUUGCAAUGUCAUUAUGUUUUACUUCAUUUUUCUGGAUUUCUGUUGGUGGUCAUUUGGGACUGCGACCAACUUUUCUAACUAAAUGCAAACCGGAUCUAAGUAAAGUUAUACCCAAUGUCACUUACUACGAUAAUUCCAUUUGCACCGAGACUUUGAGCAAAUUUGAAUACCAAGGUUUUCCAAGUGGCCAUUCGUCAACUGCUUUUGCUGGAUGGCUUUUCUUCACCUUGUAUAUUAAUGGAAAAGCUAAGCCAUGGAGUGGAGGUGCGCAUUUUUGGAAGGUUCUCAUCCUUCUAGUCCCACUAGCAUUCGCCGCGUGGAUUUCACUAACACGCGUAAUAGACUUUCAUCAUUUUCCCUACCAGAUAGUACUCGGCAGUAUAAUUGGAAUCAUGUCCUCGUUAAUUGCAUUCCGACUAAAUUUCGUGGUGAAUGGGUGGUUUGUCGCACUAGGUAAUAAUAAUGAUCAUAUCCCGGCACAUUAUCAUUUUCUACAAGAGAUUGAGGCGAAAGAGGAAGAUCAUGAAAAUGAGAAAAGAACGGAACGAUCUUUCCUUAAUGGGGAAAAUAAUGUUUAA